AUGUCAACUUCAUCACACGAAGGUAGCACAACCACUGGAAUGAGUCAAACCCAAAUCGCUCAAAAUAGAUGGGAGCAAGCACAAGAAAAGGCAUUCUUAAAUUGGGUAAAUUCAUUAUUAGUAAAAAAAAAUUUAAAAAUUGAAAAUAUAGCCACUGAUUUUUCAGAUGGCACCAAAUUAAUUUAUUUCUUAGAGUUGGUAUCAAAUAAAAAAUGUAGAAGAAAGUUUAAUCCAGAACCAAAAGAUAAAAUUAAUAGAAUUCAAAAUAUUUCAAUUGCAUUAUGGUUUAUUGAAGAGGAUUUAAAUAUUAAAAAUAGAAGUAUAGGAGCAGAGGAUUUUUAUGAUGGUAAUAAAAAGAUGAUAUUUGGAUUUUUAUGGUCAUUAUAUAGAAAGUUUAGAAUUUUAGGUAUUAGAGCAGACGGAAAUACAAGCGGCAGUGGAGGAGAGCAAGAUUUAUCCUCAUCAGGUAUAGCUCAAGAGCAAAUCGAAGCAGAGAAUAAUUUAUUAAAAUGGUGCUCCAAUUUAACUGGUAUCAAUGUCACACAAUUCAAGAAUGGAUUUAAAGACGGAAUGGCCUUUUUAUCGAUGGCAAAACAAUUAUCAAGUGACCAAUCAUCCACAUCUUUAUUUGACGAUUUAGCAGGCAGUGGUGUCGACUCUAUUGCACGUUUGAAUGCAGUUUUCGAUUUCGCCGAAAAGAACUUAAACAUCCCUAAGCUUUUAGAUGCCGAAGAUUUAGUUAAUGGAAUGGUAGACGACCGUACUGUGAUGUUAUACACCUCUAUGUUUUACAAUGCCUAUGAAGUUAAAAAGAAAAAACAAAAGAGUGAAACCGAGAUCUUGAUGGAGCAUGUCAAAGAGGUUGUAGAAAAAGAGCAAGUUUCAAUCAAAAAGAUGUUUGAACUCGAAGAUCAAUUACAAAUGUACACUGAAGAGUUACGUAUUCAACGUUUUGAACGUAUGGUAAUGGAAAAAAUGGUACGUGAUCAAGAGAACCAAAAGUUCCUUUCAAAUCUCCUCUUACUUCGUGACCAAUUAGAAGACCACCAAAUUAAAUUAUGUAAACUACAACAAAAGGUUCAAGAAGAAGCCUCUGGUAAACGUGCUCCAUUAUGGGGUGCUCCACAAAUUUCAGCUGAUCUCUCAAAAGAUCAAUAUGAACAAGUUCAAAUUUUAGGUGACCUUUUAGAAGAAGAGUCAAAUCGUAUUAAUAGAAUAGUUCAACUCGAAGAAGUUAAACCAAUUCAAUUUUUAAAAAAAAAUCAACAAAUUCAAAAUAAUUAA